AUGUUGCACUUUACCCGUGCCUUUGCACCUCGUCGUGUAAAAAGCCGACCGUCGGUACGAAUUACACGUUCACAGUGCGUCAUGGCUGUACGCACGAUAAAUUUUACAAGUGAUAAUCGUCUGACAAAUGACUAUAUGAGUCGCCCUUCGAGCGACAAAGUGUUGUUGUUGUAA